GUCAAACUCACCUCAUCCUUCCCCAAGAAGCUUACUGGCCUAUACAUGGCGCUUCACACUGGCCAUGCCCCUCUCAACCGACAUCUACACCGUCUUGGGAAGACUGAAAGCCCGCACUGUGCUCAUUGUCCAGGAAUCGAGGAGUCCGUUCACCAUCUUCUCACCAUCUGCCCACACUAUCAACGCGCACGACACGUUCUGAUCCAGGCCCUUGGCCGCAAGGCUACUUCCAUCCCUUUCCUACUAACGAACGAAGACGCUACCCCGCAUCUAGUGCCGUACAUCAAUGCUACCGGCAGAUUCAAGACCACCUUUGGUGAAGUC